GGCAUGAGUGUGUGUGAGUGUGCGCGCGAGACAUGGACUUCGUCAAAUGAAACCAACGCUUUCAGUGAGUGUAAUGAAGCAGACGUCUCCUGCAGUGGCGAUAUUAUUUAGAAGUGAUUUGGUGUGGGACUUGUCGUUUGCAUUCCCUAAAUAGCAUCUGCAAACCAUCUCUCCUGCGCUCCAGAUGCAGUGCAGUUAUGCUAGAAGCAAAGUAAAGUGCCGAAAAAGUAUGGCGUUCCUUCAUCUGCUGUGGGGAAAGUGAUGUGGAACGGGCGCACCGUGAAUCGUUCCCAUAGCUUCUUGGCGUGAUUUUCAGCCAGUGCUGCCGCAGAAGAAUAGAAAGUGUGCGAUAUCUCCCAUUUUUGUGUCGCUGGUGCCAUCAAAACCGGAAGCUACAUGGUGUAAUAGUAGCGAAGGAUUGAAACCCGUACAUCAGUGCGCGCGUGUGUGUGUGCGUGCGUGCGUGUGUUUAGUUGUGCCGUUUGGCGUUUCAUUUCCCGACCAAAAACAGUAAAAAAUAAGAGCCAACGAAGGUGAAAGAAUUUUCAUCACCAAAGGGGAGCUGCAUUUUUCGUGCUUUGUGUGUUGCCAAAGGAAGAAAGCACCCGCUGCGAAUAAUACGCGAGAACGCCAUCUGCUGGUGUGUGUGAAAGCGACGUAUUUGCUCUGCUAGGAGAGAGAGAGAGUGUACGUCGUGAGAGUGUGUGCGUGUGAGGUCGACGUUGGACGUUGAAAGAAUUUUUAUUUACUAGCGUGUCGCGCGCGGAUUGUGGCUGUGUCGUCUAGCCUGCUAGCACGGAAGCAAAUUUUGCAGGAAAUCUGCACUUUCUGAGGAUAGAAUCGUCAUUGCGAGUGUGUUUCGAGACAGUGUGGUUCGAAAUAGGUGAAGAUUGAUUGGUAAACGCCAAACAAAAUGAGUUCACAGGAUGCUGGAUCCGCGGGUGGUGGACCAGGAGGUGGUGGUGGCGGGGACAAAUCAGCAUCUUCCGGAACGGUGAACAUUUCCGGCGGAACAAAAGCAGUUACAUCGCUCCCAGUGGGUGCUGCUGGCGGAACGGGAGGAGGAGGUCAGCUGAGUGCGACGAGUGUCGUUGGUGGUGGCGGGGCAACUGUGACCACCACAACGAUUCCGAUCGAUCUGGCAUCCGCGUCGAAGGUUUUAGUUCGGCCCGAGAAAACGACGAUGCCCACAACGACGUACAGAUUCGGUUCAGCACCUGGCAGUCAGAUGCGUGUCGUGAUACCGAGCAGUGCCGCUCAGCAAUCGUUCUACCGUCAGCCGGCGACCAUUAAGCAAGUUUUCACCUCUUCCCAUCAUUUGCUUACAGAUGCGACGACCAAUCGCACUCAAAUCAGUACGCUACCGGCAGCACGUACCGUCACGCAGAACGCAUCGCUAACCGUGUCCCGUGCUCCGCAAACCACUCCGACCACGGUAUCGUACCACGUGUCGAACCGUGUGUCCGCAACCCCGGUUGUGGCGGCUAACCUGCAGGCAACGACGCGCGCCACCAUUAACGGACCGAUACGCAUCUCUACGCCACCGAUACAGGUGGCAACGAACAACAACACAACGACGUACGUACAGCGUCAGCCGCAAACCGUUGUUCCGUCGCGUAGUGUUACCGGGGGGACAGCGACGGCCGCUACAAUCAUUUCGCAAAGCAGCAGUGGCGCAACGACGACGCUUGUGCCGAACUUUCAAAUGUCCACACCGUUGUUCCGUGCGAGCAGCAUUGGGGCGGGCGCGGGACAAGUGGUUGCGGCCGGCGCACCGAGAGCGCGGGUAGUCACCCAAACAACACUGUCCGCCAAUCAUCAUCAGGUGACGGGAGUGGCUAGCAGUACGGGUGGAGGAGGCGGUGCUGGCGGCGGAACGACGGUAGUAACACCCGGUGGUACAACUGGAGGCACUCCACAGGCGGUCGCGAUAAGUUCCGCUUCCGGCGGUGGGUCGGCAGUUGCUUCGAGCGGUACCGGAACGGGAACCGGUCAGUCGCAAGCACUAGUGGCGACGCUGUCCGCCGUGUUGCAGGGACCACGACAAGUUUCGACCCUUCUCUACACAAACAAUAGCAACGCGCAACAGUACACGAUUGGGCCGAACCAGCAGCGACUGGCACUGGCCACAACUCUUUCGCCACAGCGUCCACAAGCGACGGUAACGACCGGAAUCCGGCCCACCAUUCAACGCUUACCAACGGCGGGUAUUCGUGUGAGUACAGGCAGCUUAAACUUCCGCUCACCGGUGCUCGCAUCGACGACGGUUCUGACGACAAUUGCUUCCAACACGGGAACGGUUGGCACGGUGACCAACACCCAGCAGCAGCAGCAGCAGCAGCAGCAGCAGCAGGUUCAGCAGCAAGCACAACAGCAGCUCCAGCAACAACAGCGCACCGUAACGGCCACCGGAGCGCCAACCGGUGCAACGGCCAUUUCGAAUGCCAUCCCGGCACGCAUCAUUCAAGUGCAAAAUCCUCCGAGCGGUACCACCGGAACGGCACAGAUCGUGAAUCGCCUUCAGACGAAUCUGGUCAACAUACAGCCACUGAUUGUGAGCAACAGUCGGUUGCCGCAGAGUGCGCUGCAACCAGCCGGCAUCACAAUCGCACAGGUUGGCAAGCUAACGCAGGUGGCGACAGCUGCUGGCACGGCGGGUAACGAAGGCACCGGUUCCGGUGGCAAUACCGGCAGCGGUUCCGGAACGACCACAACACUCCAGACAGCGUCCGGUCAGCAGAUUGUGGUCAGCACGGGUGGCGCAGGUCCGGGAGGCGGUGGUGGCGGGGGCGGUGGUUCCUCCGCAACGGCCAUCAUUGCGGGCAAUAUAAUUGCGGCAAAUCAUCCCGGCACGCAAUCAGCCCACCAGGGACAGAUAACGCAAAUCGUUAACGUGAAUGCGGGUCAGCCGACGGUUGUGUCGGCGGCAGUAAGUAGUGGACAGCAGCAGCAGCAGCAGAUUGUGACUGUGAGUCAAGCGGGCGGUGGGUCCGCGACAACCGGGACCGUUAUCCCUUUGCCACUGGCACUCACGAGUGCUAGGAAUGUGGGUGCGGCAGGCGCUGGUGGCCACAGUCCGCUCAGCAUAGUUACGGGCGGAAUAGUGCGGACGGCGGGCGGUGCUACGGGCGCCGCUGCUACGACAUCGAUCGCGUCCGUGCUGCCGAUUGCCAAGGUGACGCCUCAGCAGCAGCAACAGCAAACGUUGGCGUCGAUGGAAUCUUCGGCUGGAGGCAGUGUCACGCAGCACUAUUCCGUUGCGAGCAGUGGCGGUGUGUCCGGCGGUCCUUCGCUUUACAUUCAGACGCGCCCGGGUGGUGCGGGGCUGGCAGGAGCGGGUGGUAAAGCGGGUGGAGCGACGGGCGCUACCUUGAGCGUUGUUUCGUCCGGACCUGCGGGAGCUGGUGGUGCUGGCAGUGGCACGGUUGGAUCUGCAGCAUCCGCAACCACGUUCCUGCCGACGUCUACGUUCUACUACGAGCGGCUGACGUCUUCACCGGCCACGAGCCUUCCAUCCUCAACGUCGGCCGUCACGAUUUCGUCCACCGGCAUCCCGGUAUCGUCGUCCACGUUCGUUCAGGCGGUGGCCGCAUCAUCAUCCUCCUCCAGCACCAUCACAACCGCAAGUGCGAUCAGUGGGCCCGUGUUCUCGAUUCCGGCCUCUUCCAGUGUGAUUAACAGCAGUGGUGGUGGUGGUGGCGGUGGUGGUGGUGGUGCGAGUGGUGGCAAUACGACGGUGGUCACGGUAGCAGCAGCGGCAGGCAAUCCAACUCUCGCACCCUACGGCAGCACUGGUUCGUUCGCGAUUGUACAAGCUUCCCCUGCUGGAGCCCGCACGGCUACCCUGGCUGCCGGGCCAGUCCACGGCAUAGUUCCCGCUUCCGUACAAUCCGCUCCGGUAGCGGUAUCCUCCGUGUCUCAGCCAACAUCCGGAGGAGUUUCGGCCGUAUCGUCCGCCACCACGGCACAGAUCGUACCGAUAAGAUUCCACUCGCAGAUGCUCAUCGAUAGCAGCGGUCAAACGCAACAGAUAAUUGUUUCGAGCGGUGGUGGUGGUGGUGGUGGUGCGGGCGGUUCGGGUGGUAGCGGAGGCGGUGGUACGAGCAGCAUUGUGCCGAUUAUUCCCGUCGGUACGAGUGGGGCAGCAACGGCCGUUGUAACGGCCACCAGCAAGCAGCAGGAAUCACCCCAAUCGAGCAUUUUGCGCAAACGAACGCUUGUGGAGACAACAUCCGGUCCGAUGAAGGCAACGCCGGUUGGGAAAGAUCUAACAGCGGCACUGAUGGCCGUGGAACGGGAGCGUUCCGUCCGGGAGCAGCAGGAAGCGCAGCUGCAUCUACUUCAACAGCAGCAGCAACACCAUCAUGUAGUGGCGGAAUUGCGAGAAAUAGCGAACGCAUCUCCGUUGCACCAUUCCCGGCCACCGUCAACGGAUGGUUCGACGACGGUUAGUGCCACUUCCAGCCCCGGGCUGGAUGAACAGGAAGAGGAAGAAUUGCGCGCACAAGCGUACGCCAACCGAGCCAGCAAUGCAAUGUCGGGUGAUGGACACUUUAAACCCGUCCAGGAUGAGCAUCACUUCUUCCAGCAACAGCAGCAGCAGCAACAACAACAGCAGCAGCAACAGCAAGCACAACAAGAACAGCAGCAACAACAACUGCGAGAAAUUCUGUCCCUCCACUGUACGGAAAGUUUCCCAACGAACCUCGGCACCAGCACAACGCUUUCGGUCGUUCCGAUGACGAAUCACAACACGUCCCUGGUUUCGAUUGGUGGUGGCGCCAACAGUAACGGAGGAACCGCCGCGGGAAGCUAUGAGCAAUCGCCACGGAAAAAGGCACGCAAACAGCUGCUACUCCCGAUGACGGAUGGGCACCACCAGCACCAUCACUUGCCAUCGGUAAAAUCGAACUCUUCGUCCUCAUCGUCAUCGUCCUCGUCGUCGGUGGUGACAAACUCUUCCACCUCCUCGACAAACACGACGGUCGGCGUUGGACAGCAGCAACAGCAGCCCUAUCCGAACGACGAGCGGAUGGAUACGAGCGGAUCCGGACUGGUGGUGCUUGGCCCGGUUGCAGCGGGAACCAACAGUAGCGGCAUGAGCAACGCUUCUUCCCACACGAAUAAGCACAACAGCAAUAACGUUGGUUCGUCGGCGAUGAACAACAACAAUCUGCACAACAAUAACAGCAACAGUAACAGCGUGCGAAUGGAUCCUCCUUCCUCGGGGUCGGUUACCGGGUCACAGGUUGGCGGCACCGUCAUCUCCGUGGUAGCUGCGAGACAGCAGAAUCUGACGGUGCGCAAACCACACAACAUUAGCCUCUUGCAGUCCUACAAACAAACGUGGAAAUCGGCCAACAAUCACUUCCAGCGGUACACGGACGUAAAGCAGCGGGAAGAACGCCGCCCGACCGUGAUGGACAUUGCCAAUCAAUCGCACAUUCUGCAGAAGCUGAACGGCUGGAAGAUUUACCAUCUCAGCGCACAAAUAGAGGAUCUGUGCGAUCUUGAAUCUCAAGCGUACGGCAAGCUGGAAAAAAUGUUACGUGCAAUGGAGGGCAGCAGCAACGGCAGUAGUAGCAGCAGCAGCGCUGGUAGCAGUAACGGCAGCACCGCGAUGAAAUUAUCAUCCGAUGUAGAACGCAUCAAUGAGCUGUUAAAGGGCAAUAUGCAGCGCAGUAAAAUCAUCAUCGAUGGUAUUAAUGAGGCCCGCACGCAGAUUAUGAAAAUUUUCCAGCACAAACCGCACGUGUCGGACAUCAUCCUGCGGUGCGCCUCGAAGCGUAACUUUAAAAAGCGAGAGAAAACAUAAGCUAAAGGGCACGGGCCGCCGCCGCCGCCGCCGCCGCAUCGGUAAACGAUAUUUGACGAUUGAACGCUUUUGAGCAGAAAAGGUUCCUAAGCAAAGGGGGAAGUAUUGUUUCUUUGGCCUCCCCGUUGCAUUAAAUGCAGCGGGGUUCCCUCCCCACCUUUCCGCAGGAGGCAUAGGUGAUGUGCGGAUUUGCAUGUAAUGCAAGUGCAGCUUGGUGCAGCGAUCACCGUAGUCCGUCUUCUUGCUGGUGGAAUAAUUGUAAUUGAUUAUUUUAAUCUAAGCAUCUCCCCCAACAGCAACGCGGAUUAGGUUUAGCUUUAUUAAAGUGCGCCGAAGAAGUGUGCAUCUUUGAUUCAUUUUGUGUCAUAUAUACCCUUGUAAGCGCAUUGUACAUUAAUUGCGCGCUGCAACAAACGUAAAGUUAGGAAAAGCGACUGUAAAAAUGUUUUAGCGUUUAGCACACGGACCUGUCUUGUAUCAAUUGGCGGUAAAUUCGUGAUGAGGAAAACCCCCCGACACCCCCCUUUUUGCGCGACAAAGCUUUGUAAAGUCACGAAACUAGUUAAGGUAUGUUAGCUAAGUUGUUUAAGAAAGAAGGGGAGGAGGCAUGGCCGAUAGUGGCCAUCGCAAUGGAAAGUUUGAAAAUAAAUUAUGUGUAGACACUUAAA